AUGGAGUGUCUUCAGGUUAUCCUGUUGAUUGGUUUAGCCGCGUAUCGGGUUUUGGCAGCCUCCGUCCUUGAUUUGUCGCUGAUCAGCUCCGAUCAGACCGGAAAUGCAGUGAACGAGAGGGUGGAUCCGAUGAAGACCAUUAUGUCACCGCAUGCUAACAAGAGCAUUUGUGCGACAACGUCCUGCGCAAACACCGCCAAAGAGAUGCUGAGCUACAUGAAUCUAACUGCCGACCCGUGUCAGGAUUUCUACGAGUAUGCCUGCGGACGUUAUGGGGAACAGCAUAAAAUCCAACCCCAUGAGUCAGCCAUCGACCAGUUUUAUUAUCAAAGCGAGAAGCUGUUCAAGGAAAAACGAUUGAUCUUGGAGAGUACCGAAACCGAAGCCAGUCACGCGCGGGAAGCAGCGCGACAGUUGUACAAGAUGUGCCUCAAUACAGGUGAUCAAAUACCAGUUCUGGAUAUCCUGCAGAAGGCUAUUGGCGGUUGGCCUAUCCUGACAUCCAACUGGGAUCCCGAUGCAUUCGACCCAUGGAAAGCACUGAUUUAUUUGAACGAAUACGGCUUUGAUCCGCUCUUGAGUCUGAACAUCUAUGCUGAUCUGCGCAACUCCUCGGUUAAUCGGCUUUCUAUUGGCUUUCCGGUAGGACUGCAGAGCUGGGGCAGUGCUGCCGGCAAAAAAUACACUGCAACGUAUGCCAGUUUCAUGCUCAAUUUCACACGAAUAUUUGCAAAUCUCUCCACGGUUGAUGGGGAUUUUGAGCCGCGGUAUAACUGGACGGAUAUUGAGGUCCAGCUGAAUAAAACCAUGGACUUCUAUCUCUUCUUAAGCACCCUCUAUUCAAGCACCUUGGAGUUGAGAAGCGAAAAAUCCCAUAACCUCCUAACAUUGGCCAAUGUGAGCUCCAAUUUGUUCUUCCGCUCCGAUUUCUCCGAUGGUCUCACUGAUUUUCUCCGCGCUUCCCUGACCUCGAGCGGCCUGGCCCAUCUGGUCAGCAAGGACCUGAUCGUUAACAUCCCGAAACCGGCUUCCAUAGUGGCUUUCGAUAAGCAAAUGGCAAGGAUUGAGCAGCGGGGCGUGGAGGGCAAACGCCUCCUAGCCAACCAUCUGGGAUGGAUGAUCGUUACCAAAUACGGUGUGGAUCUCUCGCAGUCACUGUACGACACGUUCGAGAUGCAGAAACGGAUAAUUUCCGGGGAAAGUCAGACGGAUCCCUUAUGGAAACGCUGUGUACAGAAGGUCGAGACCUAUCUGCCGCUGGCCCUGGCGUCACUGUAUGUGGAUAAAAAACUCGAUAGACAUUCCAAGCAAAAGGUAUCGGAUAUGGUCACAAACAUCCGCAAAUCAUUCGCGGAACGCCUAAAGAACGAGAACUGGAUGGACGAACAGACGCGCGCACGGGCCCUGGAGAAGCUGCACGGCAUGCUGGAGUUUGACAUCUACCCGGAAUUUUACGUUCAAAAUAUCUCCCUCAUUGAGGAGAUAUACGACAAUAUUACCAUCGGUGAGGAUAUGUUUAAUACGUCGCGAGAGUUGAGCCGCGCAAACAAAAUUCGGCAGACGAAGCUCCUAGAUAGAAUCAAUACGCGGGAAUACGUACUGGACCGCAUGUACACCGUAACUGCCAAUGCACAAUAUUCCCUGGUAUUCAACCUCAUAGAAAUUUUUGCCGGAGUCUCACGACCACCAUUUUUUAACGUGGAUGUUCCGAAUUACUCUAACUACGGUGCUUUGGGAUUCGUAAUCGGACACGAGAUAACACAUGGCUUCGAUAUUUUCGGUUCAAAAUUUGAUGAGACAGGAAAGAUGUUUAACUGGUGGAGCAAUUCAUCGCGACAGGCAUUCGACAGCAAAGCCUUCUUGAUUGCUGAGCAGUACAGCCAGUACAAAGCACCCUUCGGGAAUGUCAGCGGCAAUCUGACUCUAUCAGAGAAUAUCGCUGAUUCCGGCGGGCUGAAGACCGCAUUCGAUGCAUAUCAGCUGCACUUAAAUCACCAUGGCAAGGAUCUGCAUUUGCCAGGACUGCAGAACCAUACCAAUAAUAUGAUGUUUUUCUUGUCAGCUGCUCAGGUGUUUUGUAGCACACAACGACCGGAAGUAGAUUAUUUAUCCCUAAGUGAUCUCCAUGCACCGUAUCGCUGGAGAGUGAAUGGAGAAAUGGCCACGUUCAAGGAGUUCGCCAAGGUCUACAACUGUCCAGCGGACAGUCCCAUGAUUUACAAUAAGUCUAACGGUCUGUGGCGAUAG